GUCCCCGCGCUGCCCCACGCCACGCCGCGCCGGCGCUUGGCGGCAGGAUGGGCUGUAUCCAAAGCAUCACCUGCAAGGCGCGGAUCCGGCGCGAGAACAUCGUGGUGUACGAUGUGUGCGCCACCAUCGACCAGUGCCCCACGCGCAUCGAGGAGACCUCGCCCAUCGUCCUGCGCUACAAGACCCCCUACUUCAAAGCCUCGGCCCGCGUGGUCAUGCCCCCCAUCCCCCGCCACGAGACCUGGGUCGUGGGCUGGAUCCAGGCGUGCAACCAGAUGGAGUUCUUCAACACCUACAGUGACCUGGGCAUGUCCAGCUGGGAACUGCCUGACUUGAGGGAAGGGAGAGUAAAAGCCAUCAGUGACUCAGAUGGGGUGAGCUACCCUUGGUAUGGGAACACCACAGAGACUGUGACCCUGGUUGGCCCCACCAACAAGAUCUCCAGGUUCUCCGUCAGCAUGAAUGACAAUUUCUACCCCAGUGUGACAUGGGCAGUGCCAGUGAGUGACAGCAAUGUGCCACUGCUAACAAGAAUCAAGAGGGACCAAAGUUUCACGACCUGGCUGGUGGCCAUGAACACCACCACCAAGGAGAAGAUCAUUCUGCAGACCAUCAAGUGGAGGAUGAGGGUGGACAUUGAGGUGGACCCUCUCCAGCUGUUGGGACAGCGGGCCCGGCUGGUGGGCAGGACUCAGCAGGAGCAGCCCCGGAUCCUGAGCCGGAUGGAACCCAUUCCCCCAAACGCACUAGUGAAGCCCAAUGCCAACGAUGCCCAAGUCCUCAUGUGGAGGCCCAAGCGGGGACCACCCCUGGUUGUGAUCCCUCCUAAAUAGAAGUAGACUGGCCUGACUGUGUGUGGAGCACAUGCCGCUGAGGCACGCAGUGAGGUUACCAGGAGCCAAACUGAGUUUCUGAGCCAAAGCAGACCUCUUGGUUUGCCAGCCUUUGCAGCUACUUGUGAAGAGCUGCUCCUUGGGUGGUAGAACCAUAAUCCUUAGGAAAAGUCCUUUCCUCUUAGGAAUAAAGAAAUCGCUGAUUUGACAGACUUGCUGAUUACCAUGCAAGUAGCCAUAUUUUGGAGCUGACCAGGAUGAUUCUUUUAUUUGAACUAUUGACCAUUUCUUUCCUGUGAGAUGCAGGGGAUGGAAAUGAAAUUAAACAGUGCCUGUGGCAAAUGCUGCUUCCCAGCCAAUUAGAAGCGGGAGUGAAAACAUCUACACCAGAUGUUCGUCUCUUAAUAGACAAGGCAAAGCCCAGCAAGCAGAACCACAUGGCAGAGACUAAGGAGGAGGAAAUGAGCACUGGCUGGUGGCUCCAGAAGCUGAAGCCCUGGACAGCUGGUUUCCAUUAAAUCGAGUGCCAUCCUGCCUGUCUCCUCACCACCCUCCCAUCGUGUGACCAGUACCUCCUAUCCACCCUACCAUGUGCCCAAUGGGGCCAGCUGGUUGGCUGGUGGGGGGCUGUGUCGAAGCAGGAGUUGUGCCUGCUGUAUCUUUUUUGUGUGUGGAAAGAUUGGGUUCAUCCAGACCUCAAGUCCAUCCCAACCCCACCACGGUGAAGCUUCCCAAGGACAAAGAGUUGGUCAGCCUGGACUUCAAAUAUCUAACAUGGCCCAGCCUUGGUUCCCAAACCCUGCCUCCUGUCCCUACACAGUCUUGGGUAGGAAACAGAGGGAAUGUGUGAUGUCCCUCCUCCUCCCCACUCCGUGUGGGUGGCCAGCGUUCAUAAUCUCUUGUGGUUCCUCUACGGUCUCCAGUCCUUGGAGAGUCAGGGCCAAAGCAGUGCUUUCCCCUACAAUGGCCAGGCUGAGUGCCUUCAGGUGAUCAAAGGCAGAGUGUACAUCAUCAGGAUCAGUGGGACAAGUGGAGAACUACCCUAAGAGAACAAACAUGUUGUGCAUUGUUUUAUUUAUUGUUUUAUUUAUUGGCAUACCUACUGACUUAAUUUAUUUAUGAAAUAUGUAUUUAUUCUACAGCAGAAAAUCCACUUCCGACUUUGAAGCAUCAACCCUAGAAUGUGUCUUCUUGGCCCCAGGAGAGCACAGUGAAUUAUUCCUCUUUGAAGAUACAGGAAAAAUAAGGGAAAGCCACUCCUUAUGCCCAAACACUUCCAUGCCAGCCAGAUUUUUCAACCAGAAAUGGCAUUAGAAAACACCAGCUAGAAGGCUGUAAAGCCACCACACAAAUCAGCACAGGAUCGACUGUCCAGACCAAAACUCUCAGAAUUCUCCCAACCCACUCCCCUUGUGCCUAACCUUCCCUUCAACUAUUUCCCUGAAGAGGGUCCUCAUCCUGCUUUGGGGCCACAUGCUUAUUACCAGGUGCACAUUAGAAUAGUCUGAGGGGCUAGAAGAGUGUCCACGCCUGAUGCCCUCUCCAAAAUAUUUAUAGCAGAAUCUCCAA